AUGGUGGCGAAUCGAAUAGGAAUCAAAGGGAAUCCAAAUCGUUCACUGAUUUUUCGGGGCUUCACUGUCCUAAAUCUACCAUCUGUCUUACGUCCUCCGCUUGAUCUAUCAUCAAUCUAUCAUGUGUCUUCCGCACUCUGCAUUCACUGGCGCAUUCUUGCAUUCAACGGCACUCUGAAUCCAUUGGCACGGUCCAGCAUUCACUGUUAUUCUGGUGUGGCAUUCUGGUCUGGCAUUCUGAUAUGAGCGGGGCCGCCUCCUGAUUCUUGAUUCUGGCAUAUCUGCUAUGUAUGUGAGUAAUAUCUUCUAGUACAACUGUGAGAAUGAAAAUAGAAACAAGAUGAUGAGACAAAAAGUAGAGGAGUACUUGAGAAGAUGCCCGUGCUCUUGCAAAGAAACUGUAACUGUUGAGCGGUGGGACUAAAAUUUCGAUUUAUAGGACGAAAGUCGUGAUAUGCUUGUAACCAUGCAGAUGCUAUUCAUCAGAGAUAGGAAUAUCUUUAUCAAUCUUCCUAGCAUGCCC